AGCAAUGUGUGGACAAUGUCUCCUGCUCUGAGACUUAUCAGAAGAAUGCUCACCCAGAGGAUAACUCUAGCAGCCUUUGUGCUCUUCAUCCCAACAUGUUCAACAAGAAAUGACUCUCCCUUCUCAAUCAUUAACCCAGCCACUGGUAUUUGCUUGGUGAAAAGAUCUCACCGCUGCCAAGACAUGCGCUGGACGACCAGGGAUCGUCUUUUCGCGACCUCAACCAAAAAGUGCCUUGGAGCUCAGGGCAAAAGUGUGGGGAGUGAAGUCAGCCUCUACGACUGUGACGACAGCAGUGACCUUCAGAAGUGGGAAUGCAAGAACGUGACAAUGCUUGCUCUCAAAGGCCAGCAGCUCUACAUCGAAAUCAAAGCUGACGGAACAAUUGCCCUCUCAAGAACUGUCGGGCCCAAUAACAGGCUCACAAUCACAGGGACGUCCAGCGGGGCUUGUUCGAGAACAUACAGAGAGCUUUAUACCAUUGAAGGAAAUGCGUUCGGUCGGAUCUGCACGUUUCCCUUCCUGUACAAAGACCGGUGGUUUGGAGAAUGCACGAUGUACGACUCCUCAGUGAAGCGCUCUUGGUGUGCAAUUAAUACAAAAUACGAACACGAGCAGUGGGGAUACUGCCCGACUUCUUCCACACAAAACUGGUCGAAGAACCCGAUAACGGGAGCGUAUUACCAGAUCAACACACAGUCGGUUCUGACGUGGGCCCAGUCUGCAGACAGCUGCAAGCAGCAGGGGGCCGCCCUGCUCAGCGUCACCGAUCCUCACCAGCAGGCUUUCGCCUCAGCGCUAAUGGGAACGGGGAGACAUAAACUCUGGAUCGGACUGGUCCUGGACCCAGAACAUGGCUGGCAGUGGACUGAUGGGAAGCCGUUCCGUUAUCUGAGAUGGACUCCAGGAAGUCCAACUCCUAACCCGGGGCACAAUUGUGCAUUUCUCUACUCUUCUGGGGACCAAACGUGGCAAAGCUCUUCUUGCACCAAGAAACAGGGCUACAUCUGCUACAAGGACGGGGCCCCUCCAUCUCCUCCCCAAAUUGAGCAGGGCUUUUGUUCAGCCCCUUGGAUUCCCUACAACGGCCACUGCUUCCACCUUCAUCGUACUCUUCAAACGUGGUCUGAUGCUCAGAAAGAGUGCCGCAAAGAGACCGGGGACUUGGUGAGCGUCCGCAAUGUGGAGGACCAAAGCUUUGUCAUCUCGCAACUUGGAUUCGCAUCCACGGAUGAGCUUUGGAUUGGACUGAAUGACAUAAAGACCGAGGGGCUGUUUGACUGGAGCGACCACAACACUGUCAGCUUCACCAGCUGGGAGUUUGGGAAACCAACCGUCUCCACGGAUACGGACGACUGUGUUCUCAUCAGGGGAGAGAAUGGGAACUGGGCCGAUCACUCGUGUAGUGAGAAACACGGCUUCAUCUGCAUGAAGCAGAGUGCCACUGAACGCACCGGAGAUGAAAUAGAUUUGGAUCUAGGCUGCAAAGCUGGGUGGAAAAGACACGGCUCCUACUGCUACUUGGUGGGAACAGAGACAAAGACGUUUGAUGAAGCGAAAGAUGACUGCAAGAUCUCAGAUUCCUACUUGGCUGAUGUUUCAAAUGGGGUGGACAAUGCCUUCCUCGUCAGCGUGGUGGGCCCGAGACCAGAGAAAUGCUUCUGGUUGGGCCUCUCAAAUCAGAAGAACAUUGAUCAGUUUGUGUGGACCAACACAGACUCAGUGAGGUUUACUCACUGGAACGCUGAAAUGCCAGGUUACCAACAGGGCUGCGUUGCCAUGACAACGGGGAUUUUGGCCGGCCUCUGGGAUCUGCUGCCCUGCACCAACAAGGAGAAAUACAUCUGCAAACACCUGGCAGAGGGGGCCCUUCUCACCGUUGCACCGCCGACUCAAACCCCGCCCAAGUGCGAGGAGGGUUGGAUUCGAGUGGGAACAAGAAACGUCUGCUCGAAGUUUUUCACAGGGCCUCGGGCUGAUGAGAAGACCUGGUUUGAGGCCAGGGAUUACUGCAAGGCCAUCGGAGGAGACCUGCUCAGCAUCCACAACGACGCUGAGCUGCGUGUGGGACGCAGACAUGGAAGAGCCUGGAUUGGACUUCGGGUUCCUGACCCGACCACUGGUUAUGUUUGGAGUGAUGGAUCCCCGGUAAACUUCCAACACUGGCAGGAAGGAGAGCCAAACAAUCAUAAGAGCGACGAAUCUUGUGCUGAAUUCAGAACAUACAACUGGAAUGAGGUCGGGUCCUGGAACGAUAUCAACUGUGAGAGUUACAAUGACUGGCUGUGUCAGAUCCGUGCAGGAGUGACUCCAAAACUACCUCCAAAUAAUACUGUGGUGGAACAUAACAUCACUUCAGAUGGCUGGCUUGUGUGGAGAGGGAACCAGUACUUCGUUAACCGAGAAUCGAUGUCCAUGGAGGAUGCUCGUUCCUUCUGUCAGCAGAGGCACGGAGACUUGGUAUCCAUCAGCACUAAAGACGAGAAUGUGUUCAUAUGGAAACAGAUUUCAAGAACCUAUGGGUCAUAUUACAUAGGUUUGUCAGUGGAUCUGGACGGGUCAUUUUGGUGGAUGGAUGGUACUCCAGUGGGGUUACAAAAAUGGGAUGAAGAACAACCCAAUUCUAAUGCCUUUAGUGAGAACUGUGUUACAAUGACUUACUUCAUGGGCUUAUGGAGAACUUCUAAUUGUGGCCAAGAGCACCAGUUCAUUUGUAAACGAGGAAACUCCUCACCAGUCAACACCACCGCGGCCCCCACCGUUCCUCCCAAAGGUGGCUGUCCACUCAAGUGGACCAAAUUUGACUCAAAGUGUUACAGUGUCAUUAGUAGCCGGCAGGCCAUGCAGGAGGAAGCAAUGAGACAGUGCAUUACCAUGGGAGGUAAUUUGGCCUCAAUUCCCACAAGGCGCGUGCAAGCAUUUUUGACCACCAAAACGGCUGAAAUAGCAACGACAGACCUCUGGAUUGGUUUAAUUGCUUUGAAACAAGAAGGAUUUUUCUGGUCUGAUGGGAAAGCAAGAAAGUACACCAACUGGGGAUUUUCUAAAUACCAACGGCGUGCGGGAAACUUUCAUCAAAGAUGGAAUGAGGAUGGAUGUGUUGUGAUGAACAUCAGUCCUUUCUUUGGCAUCGGUAAAUGGUUAAUCAAGCCCUGCAAUCAGAACAAUGGAUUCAUCUGUAUUCGAGAUCUUGACCCAAAUAUCCAGCCUCCACCAAAGCCAGCAGUUAGUAACAUCUAUGUAAAUCUGGGAAACGACAGUGUAAAGGUUGUCACAAAAAAUCAGAGCUGGGAUGAAGCCAAGAAGUACUGUGAAGUGGACAAAGCCAACCUGGCGAGCCUCCGGAAUGAGUGGACGCAAGCCUACGUCGAGCUGCUGGCCAUGAACCUCAAAACUCCUCUUUGGUUUGGACUGAACAAACAGGUGAGCGGGUAUUUUAGGUAUAUUGAUGGCUGGCACAUGCACUCUGCCUGCUGGGCUGAAGGUGAACCAAGCCGAGAUCGACCUUGUGUGUACCUGGAUGUGGAUGGAAAGUGGAAGACUGCUUUCUGCAAUUUGACCAUGAACAGCGUUUGCAUGCAGUCUACAGAUAUGCCACCAACAGAGUCGACCAUCUUUCCAGGGAUUUGCCCUCAAGACACGAAUGAGGAGCACCACCAGAGUUACACCUGGCUGCCGUUUAAGGGUCAUUGUUAUUUGUUUGUAACCGAUGAAAUUGAAUGGGCAGAUGCAGCCAGCAGCUGUGUCAGGCACGGUGGAAUUCUGACGAGCAUUGAAGAUCCCGAUGAGCAAAAAUUCAUCGAAAGCAAUGUGGAAAUAUUUAAAGAUGCCCACACCUCUUUUUGGAUUGGCAUGUACAAAACUCAUAACGGGGAUUGGAAGUGGCUGGAUACAACAGUCAUGGACUACAAUAACUGGGCUGAAUCUGAGCCCGACGAUGACUAUGCAGAGGUGGAAACCUCACUUGGGACUUGGAGGACAGGUCGCAGAUGGCACGACAAAGCAUACAUCUGUAAAACACCCAAAGUGACUCCCGUAGAUUCAGGAUCACAACCUGAACCUCACGGAAGUGAGGAUCCUCGCGGCCGCGCCCACACGAGUUUGAUAGUUGUGCUGGUCAUUACGAUCAGUUCUACGCUGAUCGUUGUUGCAUUCUUCAUCUACAAGAACUCUCCUCAUCCUUUACCCACCUUUGACAAUCCCCUCUACUUCGACAGUGAACGAUCCCAGCCCGACGUGGUCGAUACCAAUAAACUGAUAGAGAAUGCAGAAGUAGAAAACCCUGAGCCGAUGAUAACUCUGUGAUUUAUAUAGUAGAAUCAAGCGGGACGUACAUUGUACUGAACUUCAUCCCAGACUGAUGAAUAACACUUUGAUGCUUUAUUAGUGUUUUUGCUUUGUUUUUGUUUUUUUACUAUAGAAUACAGUAAAUAUAUAUUCAUUGAGUUUCAAUGGAGUUGGCAAUGUCUGACCUCAUGGAAAAGAACAAUUUAGGCUCUAGGAUGUCUCAGUGGGAAUGAUUGCUAUUUGAUUCUGUCUUUACAUCUGUGAAUGAAUGUAUAUAAUUGUUACAUGUUAUGCGUAUGCUCACUAGAUGCUGUUCAUUGCUUGUAUUGUAAAAUCUCACUGCCUGUCAUUGUUACAUGAACAUUAAACCGUGGCACUAAAGAAUAAUUAAAAUAAGUUAGGAAAUGAAAUAACAAAGGAUCAAUUCACCUCCCAUCAUCAUUUUUCAAAAAAAAUACCCCACAAUAAGAUACUAGCACAAUAAAGUCACAAUACAAUAGGAUUGUGAUUAAGAAUAUUGCGAUAUGCUAAGUAUUGCAAUAUCAAACAUUCCGUCGUCUAACAUUGCGAUACUGUUUUAUCUAAUAAGCUAAAGAUUUCACUUGGUUCAUCCCAUUUUAUUUCGGCUUAUAGUAGAUAAGCCGAAUAUAUAUAUAUAUAUAUAUAUAUAUAUAUAUAUACUAUAUGUACAGCAUAACAAUGCUGCUAGCCAAUUCCCAAUACUAUUAAAUGACAUCACAACAUCAAUGAGCACUUGAGCAACACUUCAGUUGUAACUCGUCACACUGGUUUUGGCCGAAGACGUGCGUUUUGUUGCGUUUGUCACUCGUGGUGUGAACGUAGCAUUUAAAACAUAAAGAAAAGUCUGGUUCGUUGAUGAAUUGUAGUUCACUUUACUUUGAUGCAGCCUUUAAAGAAGCAAUCAACUUUUAUAUUAACGUCUGAUUUUGGUGUUCAAAUGUCAAAUGUCCCUUCAUUUACCCUUUUAAUUUUGUGCAUAAUUGAAUUCUUCAUUUACGUUACAUGUUCAUUUCGCUGUUGAAGGGUCAAGUCAAAUUAAAUACACUGACGUUCUUAUGCAAUUAUAUUAAAUGAAUAACACUGAAUGUAUUAGAUAUAGUGUUUGUUUAACUUUUAAAAUAAAUAUUUUUUAUUGUAACGGGAA